GGUUCGGGUUCGGCUUCGAAUUCGGGCCAAAUUUAUUUGUGUGGCUUGUUUGUAAAUAACACGAACUCGCCGGGUGAAAGUAGAAGAUGCUCCGCCACCGUCCGCCGCCAUGCCGAGAUCCGCGCCCGCACGAAUCUCGACGCGCGUCGUCUCCCUCCUCCGCUCCUCCUCCUCCUCCGCCACCAAACCCUACCCCCACCUCCUCCAAAUCCACGCCCUCAUGGUCAAAUCCGCCCUCGACCUCCUCCCCUUCCCCACCAGCCUCCUCCUCUCCGCCGCCGCCGCCGCCGAAGCAGGUGGCGGCGCCGCCGAUUCCGCCUCCGCCGCAUUCAUCUACGCCCGCGCCAUCUUCCGCUUCAUCCCCGCCCCCAACCUCUUCCAGUACAACACCAUGCUCCGCUCCUACGCCGCCCUCGCCCUCCGCCACCACCCCCUCCUCCUCUCCGAAGCCCUCGCCCUCUUCAAAACCCUAAUGACCGAACCCCUCCCCUUGGACCAGUUCCCCUUCGUCUCCGUCCUCAAGCUCUCUGCCCGGUGCCGCACCCUCCCCCUGGGGAAGCAGGUUCAUGGGCUCGUCGCAAAGUCCGGUUUUGAUGUGUACCCCAAUGUGUGGAACACCCUCAUCCAUUUCUACUGUUGCUGUGGAGAAAUGUGCGAUGCCCAUACUAUGUUCGACGAAAUGCCCCAGAGAAGAGAUAUGGUUUCUUGGGCCGCGCUUAUAAAUGGGUAUGGUCAGGUGUCGGAGACGAAGAAGGCAAUGAGUCUGUUUAGAGAUGUGGUGUCCUCUUGUUCGGAGGUCAAUGCCGCUUCGAUCGUCAGUGCGCUCUCAGCCUCUGUAGAAUUCGGUUCCUUAUGUGGUGAGUGUUUGCAUGGGUAUUGCAUAAAGAUCGGAUUUUGCUCGGAGUUAAACGUCGCCACCGCAAUCAUGUCUGUGUACGUGAAAUUUGGCUGCAUGGAUUAUGCUCGGAAAGUGUUUGAUAGUGUACAAAGAAGAGACUUGGUUUUGUACAAUUGCAUGGUGGACGGCUACGCAAAAAAGGGUCUUGUAGAAGAAUCCUUGGGCUUGAUAGAGAAGAUGAGGCGCGAAAGGGCAAAACCUAAUUCUUCUACUUUCGUGGGGUUGCUUUCGGCUUGCGCUUCUUCGGGGGCUUUAGUUGUAGGUCGGCGAAUUCAUGAGUUUGUUAAAGAGGAGGAUAUUGAGUUGGAUUCAGCUCUAGGAACAGCACUUGUGGACAUGUACUCGAAAACCGGAUGCAUCAUUGAUGCCAAUAAAGUGUUUGAUGAAAUGCCGGAAAGAGAUGUGAAGGCAUGGACUGCUAUGAUCAUGGGAUUUGGCUUCCACGGGCGGGCUGAAGCCGCCCUUAGCCUCUUUUAUAGGAUGGAAAGUGAAAAAGCGCUUCCUAACGAAGUCACUUUUCUAGCAGUCCUCAGUGCCUGUAGCCACGGCGGGCUGGUGGCAGAAGCCAAGAAGUGCUUCGAGAAAAUGGUGAGGGAUUAUAAGCUUUCUCCGAAGCCCGAGCACUACGGGUGUGUGAUCGAUCUACUGGGGAGAGCAGGGCGGUUGGAAGAAGCACAUGAGCUUAUAAAAGGGCUUCCUUCAGAAGCCGAUGACAUGGCUUGGAGGGCUUUGCUUGCAGCCUGCAGGGUGCAUGGGAAUGUCGAGUUGGGGGAGACGGUGCGGAGGUAUUUGGUAGGGUUAGGGGAUGAGCAUCCGGCGGAUUCGGUCGUUUUGUCAAGCACUUAUGCAGGAGCAGGGAUGUGGGACGCCAUUGCAAAAGCGAGAGAGUUUGAAGGGCACAAGAUGGUGAAGAAGGAAGCUGGUUGCAGCUCCAUUGAGAUGGCUUGUUAGUAAACCUGAGCACAAUGGACCAAACCCAAUUCACUAGGCCGCGCUAAGUCUGAAAAACUCGAGGCCCGAAAAAAUUUCCGGCGUGGUUCAGAUCUUUGAUCCUUUUUCAUGGUCAGUCGACUCGCCCAUCUUGGCUUUUUGUAGCCCUUCUGAAACUGGCUCAAGCUUAAAACAUCUUGGCUAGUGCUUGUUCUACAUAACUGGAGCUUCUGGAGAAGCACUGUUGAGUAAAGCUAUCGAAAAGGGCAAUAACAGCUUUUCCGACAGUAUCUCUCUAACUACUUCCCGUGUUUAGGGGGUUUCGAAUGCUUAUGUUCCAGUAAAAGCUAUAUAAAUUUGUUUGUCGGGCAUUUAACUGUUGCUUUUUAAGUAGAGAAGCUGUUCUAAAAGCCAAGCCAAAUAGGUACUCUGCAGUUGUUAAAAUAAGAACAAAAAGAAUGAACGAAAUUUUGAGCCUUUGGGUGUUGGCAGAGUAGGUAUAAAGUGUUGUAAAGUAUGAUCAUUUGACUCAAUUUGUGAGUACAGCUUAUAUAAGAUUCCUUUGUCUAGCUGAUAACUUGAAUAACUGUAUCAUAUUUUGCUUGUAAUUGAAAGUGAAUUCUAAUAAUUAAGAAUGGCCAAAUUAGUUUUGUA